AUCAAACUUUAAGCUUAUAAUCCAAGUUUAUGGUCUAAAUAUGGAAUCAAUUGUGUCAAUAAAGCAAACCCAUGAAGGGUUUUGUUCAUUUCAAUGUCUACAUAGAAAACCCAUCAAGAAUUGUAAAUUUAUAGUUCAUAAUUCUGUUUCUGUAACUACUGGAAAUGAUGGGAAAGUGAAUGAGAAAAAUGGGUUUUUGAAUAGAAAAUUUAGAAGGGUGUCUGCAGUUACAAAGUCUGAAACUUUUGUUCCUAACGGGAAGCCGGUUAACGGGUCGAAAACCGCGCAGUUAAACGGGGUUAACGAGGCUAACUCGAAAAGAAAUUUUGAAGAGUUUGAGAAUAAUAACCAUCUUAGGAGAAUGAUUAGGAAUGGUGAGUUGGAAGAAGGGUUUAAGUAUUUAGAAAAUAUGGUUUAUAGAGGGGAUAUACCGGAUAUAAUUCCGUGUACGAGUUUGAUUCGAGGUUUUUGUAGAACGGGAAAGACGAGAAAAGCUACUAGGGUUAUGGAGAUACUUGAAGAGUCUGGUGCUGUGCCUGAUGUUAUUACUUAUAAUGUUUUGAUUAGUGGGUAUUGUAGGGCAGGUGAAAUAGAUAAAGCACUUAACGUUUUUGAUAAAAUGUCUGUUGCGCCUGAUGUUGUGACAUACAACACGAUUUUACGUUCUUUGUGUGAUAAAGGGAAGUUAGAAGAAGCGAUGGUUGUGUUAGCUAGACAAAUGCAGAAAGAGUGUUAUCCGGAUGUUAUUACUUACACGAUUUUGAUAGAAGCUGCAUGUAAGAUGAGUGGUGUAGGACAAGCGAUGAAGCUUUUGGAUGAGAUGAAAACGAAAGGAUGUAAGCCUGAUGUUGUUACUUAUAAUGUGCUUAUUAAUGGUUUUUGUAAAGAAGGGAGAUUAGAUGAUGCUAUUAAGUUUUUGAACAAUAUGCCGUCAAUGGGUUGUCAGCCGAAUGUUGUGACGCAUAAUAUUAUAUUGAGGAGUAUGUGUAGUAUGGGUAAAUGGAUGGAUGCCGAGAAAUUUGUGGGUGAUAUGCUUAAAAAAGGGUGUGCUCCGAGUGUGGUUACUUUUAACAUCUUGAUUAACUUUUUGUGUCGAAGAGGAUUGUUAGGACGAGCAAUUGAUAUCUUGGAAAAGAUGCCUAACCAUGGUUGUACACCGAACUCUUUAAGUUAUAACCCUUUAUUACAUGGUUUUUGCAAAGAAAAGAAAAUGGAUCGAGCGAUCGAGUAUUUGGAAGUAAUGGUUUCUCGAGGAUGUUACCCUGAUAUUGUGACUUAUAACACGCUUCUGACUGCUUUGUGUAAAGAUGGGAAAGUUGAUUUUGCUGUCGAGAUUCUUAAUCACUUAAGUUUUGAAGGGUGUUCGCCUGUUUUGAUCACUUACAAUACUGUGAUUGACGGGUUGUCAAAGAUUGGUAAAACAAGUCGAGCAAUCAUGCUAAUUGAUGAAAUGAAGCAGAAGGGGCUGCAGCCUGAUAUAAUCACUUAUUCUUCUGUUGUAAGUGGGCUAAGUAGGGAAGGAAAAGUUGAAGAAGCGAUAGAGUUUCUUCAUGAUUUAGAAGGGUUAGGUGUCAGACCAAACGUGUUAACUUACAAUGCAGUGAUGUUGGGACUUUGUAAGGCUAGAAAGACUGAUCGAGCUAUUGACUUUUUGGGAUAUAUGGUUCAAAAAGGGUGUAAGCCUACAGAAGGUACUUAUACUAUCUUGAUUGAAGGGUUGGCUCAUGAAGGAUUUGCUGAGGAAGCUUUGGAGUUGCUGAAUGAAUUGUGCUCGAGAGGUGUUGUGAAGAAACGGUCGGCCGAGCAGGUGGUGGUGAAGCUUUAAGGUUAAGACUAUCGUGAGUAGUUCUUUCGGCUUUUGGGGUCUUGUGUUUAAAUAGAAGUCUAUGUUUUCUAUGUUGUUCACUUUUAGUAUCAGGUUUAGUGAAAUAUAAUCAGUUUUGUCAUAUGUCCAGUGUUCAUGUUGUUAAUAUAGUUUGUUUUGAAGUGCAUUUUGUGACAAGACUUUUAAAGUCAAACUUGGGGUUUCAGAUAUCAAACUGAUUCUGGAUUUCCAUAAUGAUUUACCA